GACACAACAUUCACUUUCGUAUUGAGCUGAUGGAACUACGAAAUUGAGAAAUAUGUUGUGAUUUUGGAGCGUACAACAUUGCGACGUCGCUUGUGGAUGAUGCUUGAGGGCUCAUUGAAAGGCCACGUCCUUGCCUUCAAGCAUUUGAACUUCGAGAGGAAUUGUGUGCAACUAAUGCUGUAGUUUAUACGCCGAGAUGCGUAUGCAAGUGAAACUUGAAAUUGGUCACAAAGCGGCAUGUCGAACCGAACCAACUGCACAAGGCUUUACCCACGAUUGGACUGUGUUCGUUCGUGGUUCCGAAGGAAAGGAUGUCUCACAUUUCGUCGAGAAAGUUACCUUCUACUUGCAUGAAAGCUUCCCAAGACCAAAGCGAAUUGUCAAAGAACCUCCGUAUAAAGUAGAUGAAUCAGGAUAUGGAAGUUUUGAGUUGAAAAUUGAAGUGUGCUUCAAGACAAAGGAUGAGCCACGUCGCGUUAACUUCACAUAUGAUUUAUUCCUACCCCUAAGUGGCUAUCCACCCGUCUCAAGUGUGCGUACGGAGGCUCUCACCUUUACCCAUCCAGCUGACGAUUUCAUGAAGAAGUUGAUUAAAGGUGGUGGUAUCCCUAUCUCGGCCAAUGCCACCAGCAAUGGGAUUAAUAACGGUCACGCUUCUGGACGUGGUGAAGAUAGGAACGAAAUGACGCAAAAGCCAAGCAGUAACUCAAAUGGCGUGACGGAAAACGAGAGGCAGAUGAAGAAAGCUAAAGUUUCCAAGCCUAAGGCGAGUUCGGCAGUCGUCGGCAUGAAACGUCCGUCGCCGUUGCACGAACAAAACACGACCGACGGUAUUCCGAGAAAGAAGAAGAAAAGUCAGGAUGGCGGGAACGUGGCGGGCAAAACAAAACAUUCGCAUUCUGAUUCGAACAGUUCGUAUUUGGAAACGACGCAGAGCUUGACGACAGAGAUAAAAGAUUUGAAACUUAAAUUCAAAGCAUUGCCGCCUAAGGAAGGCGCGGACAAAGCUGAGAAGAGGAAAGACUCAGAUGGUCAAAAAUCAAAGAACUCUCAUGGCUCGAAGAACAAGGAGGGAAAAUCGCAAAAGGCCGAGGGCGAUCACAAAAAACCUUCUUCCGAAUCGACCGAACGGAGCAAUAAAAUAAAGAAAAAGAGCGGGGAAAGGACAGAGAAAAGCCGAAGAAGUGCCGAGAAAAAGGAGAAGUCUGGCAAAACGAAGAAAGAUAGAAUCGAAAAGAUGACUAUUCGGCGUAAAUCGAACGACAGCUGGGCGAACACCGAAGGCUCGGAUCUGAUGUCUAAUGUUCUAGCCAAAAAUAAAAACAUAGGAAAAUUUCUUAGUCAAUUAUCUACCGACGACGAGGAGAAGGUUGACAUUUCGACCCCGUUCAAACAAGAUAUCUCACCUACGCUCGCUAAAAAUCCGAAAGAGAAGGCCAAUCACCCUUUGAAUUCAAAAAAUGACUGUUUACCGCAUUCCAGUGGUAAAUCGUCACACUCGGACAAGUCGAAAGCGUUCAGAUCAUUUCAACCCUUUACGAAAAACGGUCCCAAAGAAGCGAGUCAACACAAGGAGAAAAAUGCGAUCAAGAGCGCUCAUGUAAAUACCAUAAAAAACCAAGAAAAGUUGCUUGUGGACGGGGAAUACCCUCGUCAACAUGAAGAAAGCACGCAAGAUUCGCUUCUCGAUUCAGAAAAGUCACAGCCUAGUCACUCGAUUAAUCCCAAUACUUUGGAAAACGGGAGAGAGUUGAAAACGAGAAGUGACGGUGAAGUGUCUAACGAGGAACUCUACGAUCUUCACGAACAGAUAUCGAAUUGCGAAGACAGCGAAUUCCUUCAAAAGAUCGUCGACGUGAUCGAAACGACGGGCCUCUAUACCGUGGCGGAGAAGACUUUCGAAUUCGAUCUCUGUUGCCUGGAAAAAUCUACCCUUAUCAAGCUGCAAAAAUGUUUGAGCAAAAGAUAGCUGUUUCUCUCUCCUCGCCAGGAGAGUGACUAUGAGCCCGUGAGGACUUUACGUAUGGUUCACGUGAGCCUCUUUGGGUGGAUGUGUUUACGUCAUGUUGUCGUGAUGUUGUGAUGCACAUAAUUAAGGUUUACGUGGUUUUAAUGUAUUCACUUGGACAAGUGAUCCAUGCGUUGUUCUGGAGUAUCCAUUUUUAUCAUUUAUGCAGAGACCACACGCAAUUGUGAAAACUUGGGUUCCAUACUUCAGUGUGCAAGUUGAGCUCCGCCAAGACGUAAUUUGGGUGCUUGGAGAAAAUUUAUUUGGAGAAUAAUUUAUCAAGGCGACUGCUCGUCGUAUAUACUUUCUCUUUCAUCCCUCGUUUGUGUGUAAACGAUUCUUCUAACGUGUUAUGCUAUCAAUAGAAAUCAAGCAAGCGCUUGGAAAGUGUUGUGUUUUAGCGUGCCGUCAAUGCGUUAGUUAGCCGUCUUCCCGAUGCAUUGUGCGCCUGCGUGACAGGCUUCACACUCGGCAGGCAACAAACAUGCUUCGUUCCCUUCUGGGCGUUUCUUGAUCUGUAGUACAUUCAUAAAUUUGCAACAGCUCUUGCAUGUCGUAGCAAUGAAUUUCCCUAUAGAAGUGUCACAGAUAAAGCAUGUUAGUUUACUCCAAGUAUUCAAACUAAUUUUAUUCCCGCAACAUAGGUAAUACUAUGUCAUGGGCUUGUCGUCUUUUUUAUUUGAUAUGUGACGUCACCGGUGCGUCUACAUCUCUUGACUUAACCAUAUUUGUUAUUCAAAACUUGCAUCAAAGAUUUCCACGAAAAAUAUAUAUUAUAUUAUUAUAUAUAAUCUAUGUAUAUGUAAAAGUAAUUUAUGCUCUGUAGAAUUUGUAAUUUGGAUUCACUAUGCAUGCCGACUCCGCACAGUACAUCGCGAUUCGAUGCUUAGAGCGAUUAGAAAGAUUCCUUUCAUCUGUAUAUUUUAUUGGAAAAGAAAUUAUCUCAUUUUGUUA